AUGGAGCCUUUGGCGCGAAAGGUGGCGGAGGAGAGCGAUCACAUGGUCGAACUCGGACAGAUUGAUUGGCGCACAUUCCCCGAUGGGUUUCCAGACUUGUUCAUCAACGACGCGUACGAUGUGCGGGAUCGGCACGUGGCGUUUUUAGGCUCGUUUCACACGCCCGAGGUCAUCUUUGAGCAGUUGAGCAUCAUAUACUCGCUGCCCAAGAUGUUUGUCGCAUCGUUCACGCUCGUGCUGCCGUUUUUUCCAACUGGCACCGCCGAGCGAGUGGUACGCGAGGGCGAGGUCGCCACCGCGGUGACGUUGGCGCGGAUUUUGAGCAACAUUCCGCCCUCGCGCGGGGGCCCGACGAGCACCAUUAUUUUCGAUAUUCACGCUCUUCAGGAGCGAUUUUAUUUCGGCGACAGCAUCUUGCCAUGCUUCGAAAGCGGCAUACCGCUCUUGCUCGACCGUCUGAACGAGCUCGAAGACUCGAACAACGUCGUCAUCGCGUACCCAGAUGAGGGAGCGUACAAGCGAUUCAACUCCUUCUUCGCCGCCGCGGGUUACGAGUGCAUCGUCUGCACCAAAGUCCGCGAAGGCACCAAGCGCAUCGUCAAGCUCAAGGAAGGCGAACCGAUCGGGCGCCACGUCGUUAUCGUGGACGAUCUCGUACAAUCCGGUUCCACCCUGAUCGAGUGUCAAAAGCUCUUGCACCGACUCGGCGCCGCCAAGGUGUCCGCCUACGCCACUCACGGCGUUUUCCCCAAUGCCUCCUGGAAACGUUUCACCUCCACCGGCGCCGGCGGCCAGGGUUUCUCAAACUUUUGGAUCACCGAUUCGUGUCCACAAACCGUCGAGGCCGUUCGAGACGCCGAGCCGUUCGAGGUAUUAUCCCUCGCCCGCGCCAUCGCCGACGCCCUCGAGGUGUGA